AUGGUAUCUAGAAAAGAUCAAUUAAAAAAUAUUAUUAAUCUUGUUAAAUAUACUGAAUCAAAUGAAGAUACAAUGGAUAUCGAUCAAGUUACCGAAUUUGAUAAACACUUAGCACUUUAUCAUAAAAUUUUGAAUUCUGAAAUUCAUUAUAAUCAAAUCCCUAAAUCCUAUGAUUGGGUUCAAAAUUGUUUAUUUAAUUACAGAGAUAAGGAGUUUAGAAAAACUUUAAGAAUGGAUAAAUCGACCUUUUGGACAUUAGUUGAUAAAAUUAAAUUUCAUCCAGUUUUUUAUUCUAAUUCGAAUCAUAAUCAAACAGAUAUUGCUAUACAACUUGCAGUUGUAUUAUAUCGACUUGGAUCUAAUGCUUCUCUUUGGACCAUUGCGACUUUAUUUGGAAAAUGUGAACAAACAGUUCUUAACUUUCUAGAUCGAUUAAUUAUUGCUAUACGAUCUUUGAAAGAUGAAUAUAUAGUUUGGCCUCAAGAAGAUUAUCGAAAUGAAGUACAUGAAGGAUUUGAAAAAUUUGGAUUUCCAAUGGUAAUUGGAGCAAUUGAUGGUUCUCAUAUACCAUUAAUGGAAGCACCAAGUAAAAUUAAUAAAGACAUAUAUAUGUCACGUAAACAUCGAUAUGGUAUUCAUCUACAAGCUGUUGUCGAUCAUAAGGGGCAUUUUACUUGUUAUGAAAUAGGUUGGCCUGCAUCAGUUCAUGAUGCAAAAGUAUUUAAACAUUCAUUUAUAUAUAGAAAUAAUAAUCUUUUUUUUAAAAAUGAAGAUUAUCUAUUGGGUGAUUCUGCAUAUCCUUUAUUAUUAUGGAUAAUAACACCUUUUAAAGAUCCACAAGGCCUAGAUGCACAAAAACAAAAAUAUUAUAAUACUGUUCAUAGCAAAACAAGAGUUGUUAUUGAGCAAGCAUUUGGUAAAUUAAAAGCUAGAUUUCCUUUUUUAAAAUAUAUGAGAUUAAAAGAUACAACGAAAGGAACGGAUAUAAUCGAUAUUGCUUUAAUUUUACACAAUUUUGUAGAAAAAAAUAAUGAUGAAUGGGAAGAAAAUGAUAAUGAAAUUGAUGAUUUUGAAUUAAUUUAUGAAUUCAAUGAAGAUGAAGAUUUAAUAAAUAGCGAUAGAAAUAAUGCAAUAACCAAACGGCAAAACCUAUUAGAAUAUAUUUGUAUGAAUAUGUAA